AUGGGGAGCACGGCGGGCGAGGUCACCCGCGCCGACUUCCCCGAGGGCUUCGUCUUCGGCGUCGCCACCUCCGCCUACCAGAUUGAGGGGGCAAGAAAUGAAGGUGGCAAAGGUGAUAGCAUAUGGGAUGUAUUUACAGAUAACAAAGAACGUGUCCUAGACGGAUCCUCUGGAGAAGUUGCAGUUGAUCAUUACCAUCGAUACAAGGAAGACAUUGAGCUCAUGGCCAAGUUGGGUUUUGGUGCUUAUAGAUUUUCCAUAUCUUGGUCACGGAUAUUUCCUGAUGGCUUAGGGACAGCGAUCAAUGAGCAAGGAGUUGCUUUCUAUAACAACCUUAUAGAUUUCAUGAUUGAGAAAGGUGUAGCUGCUGAACCUUUCUUGGCUGGCCAUCACCAGAUCUUAGCUCAUGCUGCUGCUGUUGAUGUCUACAGAAGAAAAUUCAAGGCUAAGCAAGGUGGUCAAGUAGGGUUUGUUAUUGAUUGUGAAUGGGCGGAGCCAAUGUCGGACAAAAUGGAAGACCAGGCUGCUGCAGCACGGCGCAUUGACUUUCAACUUGGAUGGUUCCUGGACCCAAUAUACUUUGGUGAUUACCCAGAAAGCAUGCGCCAGAGAGUGGGUGAAUAUCUUCCAAAAUUCUCGGAGAAAGACCGUGAAUUGAUGAGGAACAAAAUUGAUUUUAUUGGAUUAAAUCACUAUACAACAAGAAUCAUUGGCAAUCGGCCUAACCCACAACCACAAGAGAUCCAUUUUUAUCAGGUUGAACAAAUAGAGAGAUCAGAAAAAUGGAGUAGCGGUGAAGCAAUUGGUGAAAGAGCUGCGUCUGAGUGGCUUUUAAUAGUUCCUUGGGGUAUUCGGAAAACAAUCAAUUAUAUAGUAAAAAAAUAUGAAAAUCCAAUAAUAUAUAUAACAGAGAAUGGCAUGGAUGACGAAGACGAUCCAUCAGCACCAGUUGAUCAGUUCUUAAAUGACACAAAGAGGGUCAAUUUCUUCAAAGGAUAUGUUGGUGCAGUCGCACAAGCAAUAAAGGAUGGUGCCGAUGUUCGUGGAUACUUUGCAUGGUCAUUCGUGGAUAACUUUGAGUGGGCGAUGGGAUUCACCAAGAGGUUUGGGAUUGUCUAUGUUGAUUACAAGAACGGGCUCUCCCGGCGCCCUAAAGCAUCAGCCAUGUGGUUCUCGCGCUUCUUGAACGGCGAGGCCGCUGACAGCAAACCUGACACAAACUAA